CAAACAAACCCAAACCGUUUUGUCUCGUAAGAGAGCCCUAACGGAGUUCAGCAGCUCCUGAGCCUCUCUCUCUCUCUCUCUCUCUCUCUCUCUCUUCAAGGAGGAAGGAUGAGUAGGAAGCUGAAGUUUCACGAGAAGAAGCUGUUAAAGAAGGUUGAUUUUCUGGAAUGGAAGAGAGAAGGUGGACACAGGGAAGCUCAGGUCAUGCAGCGCUACCAUGUCACCGGCCGAGACGAUUACAAGAAGUACAACGGUCUCUGCAGAAAUGUUCAGAAAUUAGUGAACAUAUUGAAGCAGAGGGACCCAAGAGACCCUUAUCGUGUUGAGAUGACAGAUGCUCUCCUGGAAAAGCUGUAUAAUAUUGGGGUCAUACCAUCUAGAAAAAGCUUGGCCCUGUGUGAACGCUUAUCAGUUUCGUCCUUCUGCCGGCGCAGGCUCUCAACUGUGUUAGUGAGGCUGAAAUAUGCUGAACACCUCAAAGAAGCAGUCACGUAUAUACAGCAAGGGCAUAUCCGAGUGGGUCCAGAGACAGUAACAGACCCAGCAUUUCUUGUGACAAGAAGUAUGGAAGAUUUCAUCACUUGGGUAGAUUCAUCCAAGAUAAAGAGAAAAGUGUUGGAGUAUAAUGACAAGCUUGAUGAUUAUGAUGCAAUGAACUGAGAUAGUUGAGAUCCUUCUCUCCUCUGAGAGUGAAACCGAGUACUGGUUUAGUGUUCAUAGUCGUACUUCAAGAUCCAAUAUUGUCUUACCUCCUCCUUUAGACUCCCCUAUAAGCAGGAGCCUGGUGCUGGCUAUGGCCUUUUUUUUGUCUUUGGUCUGCUAUGGCCUUUUUAUUGUCUUUGGUCUGCUAUGGCCUUUUUUUUGUCUUUGGUCUGCUAUGGCCUUUUUCGUUGAUCAAAUUUUAAUUAACCAUGUUUAUUCGUACGCCAACCGACCAUGUAUUUGAUGUUUGGUGUAUCAAUUGGAGUGACCCAUGCGUGCUCUCUAGUAUUGAAAACAUGUUGGAAUUGAGAAGAAUUGCCUAGUUUAUCUUA